UUGAGCGGUCGCAUUUAUCGGGUGUGGAUCCUACAGUACAAUGUAGAAGUAUUACCAAAUUCACAGAGUGGUUACUUGCCACAUCCCGGGAAAUCCCUGUAGAAACAACAACUCAUAAUUAGACAGAAUAAGUGAUUUUAUGAGUAAUCUGGUUGAGUUGUUAUUUUGAAAACAAAAGUGCAGUGCAGUGUAUUGCCCCACGAAAACAUAUGAAAUCCGAGGCGAUCUUCAGUUGGUGGGUGCUCGUUGAUGCAUAGCGAAGUUGUAGUCUUACCAAGAGCUCGAAAAAAACAAAAAAAAACAAAAACGAUAAACCCCCUGGACGGUCGAAACAAUGCUCAAAGCCGCGAGGAAGCCAGCGGAUCCAUACAAAUCGAAGCUGAAAGUUAAUGCCAGCCACAGUGGACCGCAUCCACUGUCCGUCGAGCUGGCGAGGAAGAAGAAGGUGGAGGUGGAUGUUGGAGGAGGAGGAGGAGGAGCAGGCCACCACUGGUGGCCAGACAUCCCCCCAAAAGCUCAGCCUGAAGGGCAGCCAACUGGGGGGCAGCAUCUUGAUUGGCAACUACAACUACUUGACCCAGCUGGAGGUAUGCGAAAACGAAAUGGAGGUCUUGGAUCUCAGCUCGCUGGCGCAGCUGGAGACGCUCAAGUGCAGCCGGAACAAGCUGAUGGAGCUGAUCAUCAACGCCACCAAUCUGCAGACACUCACAGCCGACCAUAAUUACCUGCACAACAUAUCGACAACGAACACCCAUCCGGUGCCGCUGAAGCUGCAUCGCAUCGACAUAUCGCACAACAACUUCGGCGAGCUGCCCAACUGGAUCGGAGCAUGUGCAUCCCUGUCGGUCCUGGAGGCCUCGCACAACCGGCUCGGCCAUGUGACGGGACUGCUGCGCAACUACAGGAUCAGUCAUCUGGUUUCCCUGAACCUGGCCUACAACGAGCUGAAGCAUCUGGACCAGUUGCCGGAGGGAUUUGGCAGCAUCCGGAGCCUCCAGCUGCAGAGCAACGAGCUGCCCAGUCUGCCGGAGAACUUCUUCGCUGUGACCCAUUCGCGGCUGGAAACGCUGAAUGCCUCCUGCAACAAGUUGGCCACCUUGCCGCGCUACGAGCAGAAUAACCAUGCUGCCCUGGUGAAUCUCUCGCUGGCGGGGAACCAACUGAACGACAGUAUUUUCGAGCCACUGCACAAUGCCGCCAGGCUGAGGGUCCUGCAUUUGGCCUACAAUCGCAUUGGUGUCCUGCCCGCCGCCUGUGUCCGCAACUGGCCGGAUCUAGAGAUCCUGGUCAUGUCCGGCAAUAUGCUGCAGCAACUGCCCGAGGAGGUGGCCACUCUGGGCCAGCUGAGGGUGCUCCGGUGCUGCAACAACCUGCUCCUCUGCACACCGCAACUGGCCAAGCUGGGCAUGCUCAAGGUCCUGGAUCUCUCGCACAAUCAUCUGGAUCGGGUCAAUUUGCUGGCUCUGGUGCCCUCGCGGAACCUCAAGUACCUGGAUCUUUCGGGGAACCUGCAGUUGCAGGUGGACGAGCAGCAGUUUAAGGUGUGCCAGACCCAGAGCCAGCGCCACUGGAGCCUGAUCGAUGUGUCGGGCAACAACAGAGCCGCCUUGCCCACAACCACGCUGCGGCAGGUGAAUGCCCAAAGGGGUCAGAGCAAGGCGAGCGGACCCUGGACCAUGGGCUUUGCCGAGACUCCGGGUUCUGGAGAUUGCCGCAAGCUGCUGGUCUGCCAACUCCGGGCGGCCAACUAUGGGGGCUCCGACGAAGCCCUCUACGGCAUGUUCGAGGCGUUGGAGGGACAUGGUCGGGCGGCCCAGGAGAUGGCCCAUCUAGUGCCCGAUCUGAUGAGGCAGGAGCAGCUGGUCAAGGACGCGGCGGUCAGGGACUACAUGAAGUUCACCCUGCUGGCGGCGCAGCAGCAGUGUGGCACGGUGCGCAGUGCCGCCCUGUUCCAUCUCACCAGGACACGGGCUCCGUCGAAGGUGAGGCCGCUGAAGAGCAAGCGCUAUGUCCUGCGCAUGGCCAGCACCGGUCGCCUGGAUGCCUAUCUGAUACGCCGCACCUCCCAACUGCUACUCACCGAAUCGGAGGCCAUCCAAAAGGAUCAGAGCCAUUCCAUGGCAAUGCCGGAUCCACAGGUUCUUGAGCUCACCCUGAGUAACGAUGACGAGUACCUGGUGGUGGGCAAUGCCCAGCUGUGGUCCGUGAUGGACAUCGAUCGUGCGGCCCGAGAGAUUCGGAAGGAGGAGAAUGCCCUGCUGGCGGCCAAGCGACUGGUGGACAUUGCCCAGAGUUUUGCGGCGGCGGAGAAUCUCAGCGUGAUUGUGGUGCGAUUCCGGCACCUGGGCACCGAUGUGGACCACCUCAUCCGGGAGCUGAAGCAGAGUGUCCGCAAGAAGCCCCAGCCGGUUCCGCCGCCCUCGUCCAGUGGGUCCGUGUGCAAGCGGACCUGCUGCGACCGGAGCAACGCAUGUCGCCACCGGGCCAUCGAACAGGAGCCGCUGGCAGGACGAUCCUCGCCCAGUGGCCAGAGCGAUCGGGAUCUGCUGGCCAAGGAUCUGGACAACAAGGACGAUGAGUUCGUGCUGGCCCAUGCCCGUGUCCUGCAGGAGGAGCAGCAGCUGGAGAUGCUGGACGAAACGGAGUCGGUGCUGUCCGAGGAGCAGUUCAAGUGCUGGGAGUACAUGCUGGAGCAGAACACCCAGCUGCUGUUCGACAAGGAGCUGAACACCAUUUCCAAGUCCUUCACGAAGCAGCGGUCCGUGCCGAAUGCCAUCGUGGCAGCCUCUGCCCUGCCGGAUCGCAAUGACUUCACCUCGAAUCUGAUGCGCAGUGUCACCAACAAGUUCAUAUCGACCAGCACCCCACAGUUGCCCCAGCCGCUGGGCUGUUCCACGCCCAGUUCCGUGCCCCUGGGAUCGUAUCAUCAGGUGAAUCAGCCGAUUCCGGGACAUUUUGGCAGUGCCCUCACCUUCCAGCAGGCUCAGAGCUACGGCUACAAUCUGUUCGAUCCCAAGCCGCGCAAGAUUGGAGCCGGAAGCAGCGUGAAGCGAUCCGGAGGACCAAACUCCGCCUACUUUGGAUCCCUUCAGCGUCUCAUGCCCUACAACUUCGAGUACGACUUUGCCGUGACCCAGGAGCGGGAGAGGAACAUCCUGGACGAGGAGGAGCACGACGAUGAUGACUUCAACGAGCAGGAGAGUCGCAUGCGAAAGUACUGGGGAGUGGCCACCACAGAACUCUAGCCUUGGGUUAACAUUCGCCAGUGUGCUUAUUAUAAGUUCAAAUGUAUUUUUUUAAUUAGAACUGCUAAUCGAAGUCAAGGUUUUUUCGAAAAUCUUU